AUGAUCUUCAAGGCUGUGGUAGGAGUGGUGCCCACACUUCUUCUGCUGCUACUUCUUUUCACCCCGAAUCUGAGCUUUGCCGCAGCUCCAUUCUUUGCCUAUCCAGACGGUACAAGUCCGAACGCGAAGCGGAAUGUCACGCAGGCGUUCAGAGAUGCCAUAACACUUGCAAGGGUUGUCUCCCUAACUGCCACCGACUGUGACCCGGCCUUCCUGCGAUAUUUCAAACCCCAAGACUACACCUUCGUGCAGCGCAUGUUCCGAACGAUCGCCAACAUUGACCCGUUCGUGGAGAUCAGCCCGGUAGACAUCAUGGUGAUGCUCUCUUCAUCCAACUCGGCGGCGACGUGGAAUCCGGACUAUGUCGACCUGUGCAUCGCGUACGGGGACAACCCUUACAACCCGCCCGUUGACAUAUCGUGUGGUGAGGAUGAAGGCCACACAUACGGAUACACCGUCUACGACACGCGUCCAACGGCGCAGUUUUCUGGCUUGAUAUCAAUGUGCCCCGAUGGCGAAAUAUUCAAAUACUGCCUCUCCCUAAGGCAGACGGAGAACCCUCCUGCCUGGGCGCGUGUCGGCGGCCAGCCCGACGGCGCGCCCCUCCCGGGUUUUGGAUGCGACGGCUUAGGGGAUCGCGACACAACUUACAUGAAGGUGCUCGGGUCGUCGAUAUUGCACGAACUGUUCCACUGGCCGUGGAUGUUUUUGAGCAUCCCCGGCUAUGAAACUAACAUCCCGGACCAUGGCCACCGUAUCUGGGACUACGACGGGCCUUGGGUUCCUUCGGCUUAUGGUCCGUGGAAUGCGAUGCACAUCAACCAGCUCCCCGCUGACUCAAGGUCGGGAAUGUCUCAGUCGCUACAGAACGCCGAUAACUAUGUCUGGUACGCACUCUCGAGAUACUGGUCCUAUAAGUGUGACAAGACUUUUGGACCGCCCACCUCGGCGGAUGAUGCUACGAUUUUGGGUGAGAGGCAGAGGGGGCCUGGGAACUAG